ACCCUUUUUGUGCAGUAAAAGACUUGUCUUCUCUCUCUCUCCCGAUCUGUUAACAAAAUCCUUCAAGUUUCACUAAAGCGGUUUCAUUAGGGUUUUACUUCUCCCGAGCAAAAGCACUAAAGAUGUGCGGUAGGACUCGCUGUACUUUAAGACCAGACGAUGUCCCCAGAGCUUCUCACCGCCACGGUGUUCCAACCCGAUUCCUUCACCUCGACCGUUAUCGUCCAUCUUACAAUGUUGCCCCUGGAUUCUAUAUGCCUGUUCUACGGAGAGACAAUGAAGUAGUUGGUGGUGAUGGAGUUGUUGUUCAUUGUAUGAAGUGGGGAUUAGUCCCUGCUUUCACUAAGAAAACUGAUAAGCCUGACUUUUUCAAAAUGUUUAAUGCUCGGUCUGAAUCGGUAGCUGAGAAAGCGUCUUUUCGUCGAUUGCUUCCUAAGAAUAGGUGUCUUGUUGCAGUUGAUGGGUUCUAUGAGUGGAAAAAGGAAGGGUCAAAAAAGCAACCCUACUACAUCCAUUUCGAGGAUGGGAGGCCUCUAGUAUUUGCUGCUCUUUUUGAUUCUUGGCAGAACUCAGGAGGUGAGACACUUUACACCUUCACGAUUUUGACAACCAGUUCCUCUUCAGCCCUCCAUUGGCUCCAUGACAGAAUGCCAGUAAUUCUUGGUGACAAGGAUUCUGUGGACACAUGGUUAGAUGAUCCAUCAACGACGAAACUGCAGCCAUUACUUUCACCAUAUGAAAAAUCGGAUUUGGUGUGGUAUCCAGUAACCGCUGCCAUUGGUAAACCAACGUUUGAUGGACCAGAGUGUAUUCAACAGAUACCGCUUAAGGCUUCACAAAAUAGCUUGAUCUCGAAGUUUUUCUCAACAAAGCAGCCCAAAACAGACAAAGAAACCAAGUCGACAGAUAUCACAGGUGAUUUGAAAGAGGAACGUACGGUUGAAGGUCAUGAUGGGGUGGUAUUUUCUGACAGCAUUAAGAAAAUGGAAGAAGUAGACGAGGAUAUAUCGAAUGAAGCCAGUAAUCUUGGUUUUCAAAAGAUUGUGAAAGUAGAACCAUUUGUUGAAGAUAAAUCAGCGGUUGUAAAGGAUGAAGUUGAGGAGGGUACGAAUGGAGAAGGGAAAUCCAUGAACACUGGUCUUACUAAAGAAACAGGUGAGAGCAAUGCCAGCUUACCGGCUGGAUCCUGCAACCUUGAUUUCCCAAUAAUCUCAAAAGAGGAACCCGAGACCCAAGACCAUCAUCGGUAUACUACACUUGAGGAAUUGAAUCAGCCGCAUGAGGUUGUUGAAGAUAAACCAGGAAACGAAAACCAGAAGACAGAUUUAACUUGCCAGACCACGAAGGAAGGUGGCUUAGAGUUUAGCGAAAAGUCUUCAGGAAAGACUGGGACAAAGCGAGACUACGAGGUAUUCUCAGCUCAAGAAAAGCCACUGAAACAUUGUGAGAGGUUGGAAGAUGUUAAAAGCAGUGGGAGAUCUGGAAGGAAGCAAGGAAAGGGAAAGUCUAACAUCAAGAAAUCUAAAGAGACGCAGUCUACACUACACUUCUUUUUCGAUGAGAAAUAGUUGGUCUCUAGGACACAUCCAUCUAUGAUGACUAAUGUGGGGUUACUUUGGUUGUAGAUAACGUUAGAUAUGUAUCGUCGUAAUGUUGCUUGUUUAUAUGUUGUAUUUGAUCUUUGAUCUAAGCUAAUAGCCUAAUAAUAGCAAUAGGUUCUUGUCAGUUGCUAGGAGCAAUGUUUGCAUGUGUUUUCAAGAAUUUUAGUUUCAAGAUUUACACAAGUGAAGGGUUCCAAUUUUCCA